CGAUGUAUAGCAGACUGAAACGUGGGUGUUGAUUCUGCACAUUCGAAUUGGCUUAAAAUUUCGAAUUGCAGCACAAUUUGCAACAGUUUUUCACGAGUGAAAAAAUGUCAUUUCCACGUGAAUCGCAGUGAAAAAUUACGUCUACUUUAAAAGUCAAGAUUCGCCGUAUUUUGCGUUCAACCAAUUUUCUCAAGCGAAAAGAAGAGAUAGAUGAUUAUGCGCUGAUUUAAAAGUCCUACAAUCAGCUGUUGCACUCGCUCUCUGUCUGUCCUAGUGAACGUGGAUAUUUUGCGUUCUCUUGUACAGUUACAAUUCAAUGCACGGAAUAAACAUUGGCGCCUACAGCUUUUCUAAUUAAAGUCAAGAAAAAUGGGAAAAAGCAAGGGACAGCGUACGAAGAACAAUGCAAGGCCAUCGAACAGCAGCCGAAGUGCAGAACUCCUGGGGGCAUCUGCCCCAGGUUUCGUUGGCUUCACAGCUGCCAAGGAUGGGGGAUAUGUGCCACUUCUUCCAGGUCUCUCUAUUACAAACAACACUGAGUUAAACAAUAUUGAUCCUACUUUCCAGCUGGUUUUUAAGAAGAUGAACAAGAAGGAUGCUACAACAAAGUACAAGGCUUUGCUAGAAUUCGCAGAGUUAUGUUCUAAUGUGGAAAUAUCAAGUGUAGAAGCCAUGUUACCAUUUUGGCCACGCUUAUACUGUACACUAUCUAUCGAUGUGGAUCACAGGGUAAGGGAAGUUGCACAGCUAGCUCAUGCAACUCUUGUAAAGCGAGUUGGGAAGACAAUUGCCACAUACCUCAAACAGCUGGCAGGCCCAUGGUUUGUGUCGCAGUAUGAUUUGUAUCCACCAGCAGCUUCUGCUGCUACCAAUUGCUUUAAUAACACUUUUCCACCUCAGAAGAUUGUUAGCGCAAUUGUUCAUUGCCAGGAAGAAAUUCUGAAUUACGUUUGUGAUAAUAUUACUGUAUUAACUCCUCAAGCACUUUCUACAAACAAAACAUUGACACCUGAGGAAAUGGAAUCCAAGUAUCAAAGAUUAAUGACAUCCAGCCUACAAGCAUACAGUUUUUACUUGAAAACUGUCACAUCUGCUGAUAUUGAAAAAACUGCCGAAUACCAUAAGAAGUUAAUAAGUAGUAGUAAAUUUUGGAAAUUAGCCAAACACGAAGUUCCUUUAAUUAAGACGGCGUUUUUCGGUGCUCUGACUGCACUGAUCUGUCAUGCCAACAGCAUUGUUUGCGAAGAAAAGAGAAGAAUCCUGACAACUAUAAUGAAUAGCUUGGAUGAAAACGAGCCAGCUCUUCUAACUGCAGUUUGGGAAUCUCUUCUUGUAGCUAUAAAUAAAAUAGAGGAUUGGCAUAAAGUUGUAAGUAUAGAAAAAUUAGUAUUGCCAAAAUUGUGGCGAGUAUUGAGGAAUGGCGGCCAAAAUUGCGCAACGGUAGUCUAUCCGAAUUUACUGCCAUUUCUUAGUCAGUUUACUAAAUUCGAAGUUAAUAAGACUACGCUAUUUACCAAUUUUUUCGAAAAUAUGCGUCAAGGAUUCACGGCUAAAAACGUCAAGCUCAGUCGUUCCGAAGCAUUUGCAGUGUUCACCUCAUUUGUGGAAUGCUUCAGGUACGCGAUUCUCGUUAAUUGCACCAGUGAAGAUAUUUGCAAGUGCUUGCUAAAAGAUCAGCUAAUGCCUGUGAUAGAAUCCUGUAUCCACGAGAACCAGUCGAUGCGCGCAACGUUCUUCUGCGAGCUGGCUCACUUGGUGCGCUACUGGAGCAAGAAUAGUGACAACCCAGAGUAUCCUUGCUACGGCAAGUUAAUGAAGAUCUUCUGGUUCGAUCUGAUCGCCAUCUUUAAUCGACUUGUGGAUAACUCGAGCGACAACUACGGCAUCACUACUGGGUCGAUCGUCAGCGCUAUGGCUGACCUGUUGAGCUAUCUGAAGAAUGCUCCAGACCACAGCCGGCGCAACAUGAGGGUCAAGUUCUCAGAUUCGGCUCCCGAAUCCAGCGAAACGCCUUCGUCGCCUUCCUCGACACCGGUUAGCAUUGCUGACAGCAACGAGAACGCAGCGUUCCUUAAGGAGCUCCAGCAGCUCGUCACCAAGAUGUGCGUUAGCUACUUCAAGAGGAUCACUGACAAGCCGUUCAAACACAAGGUCAUCAAUCUGGUGAAGAUCAUCUCGGGUCACGAGAGCAAGGAGCUAUUCGUAGCACUUGCUAAGACGUACGAUGAGAACGCGAACCUGUUGCAGUUUUACAACCAGAAUCUGAAGAUACUCAUGACAACCGAGAACGAGGAAACUGAGGAUCUGAUUAAUUUAAUAUUCAGCAUUAUGUCGCACAUGUCGGACACCGAAAAGGAUAUUGUGCUGCAAUCGUUCAAAGAGGUCGAAGACGUUAAGAUUUUGAAAACAGCUGUGCAGUGUGCGUUAACUAAAAAGUACAGAGAGGAGAGAGUAGUGAGAAAUUGGUGCAGACAAUCUGUUAUCACCAAUACACUUGUCCUAACGGCUCAGGAUGUACUGUCUUCCUUAGAAUUUACGGACUCUGAUGAAAAAAUGUUUGUUCAGGCAUUCGAGCCUGCAACCGAUGGAGACUUGAUCGUGAGCAGUGAAGCCAUUUGCGGAAUCUCGUCCUUAUUGUGCUUGACUGUGGAUAGAAUGCCGUGGAACAAUGAGAAACGAACUCAGCGAAUCGCUAUUUUACUUUCUCGUCUGUUGGCUCUGUCGUGGUCUCACAGAAAAAUCAAUUCCGGGGCAGUUAAGCUAUUGAAAGCGUUAUUCCGUUUGCACGUACGUGACAAUAUGGAACGAAACGAAGAUGAUGGUGAAUCGACUAUAGUCAAUAUAGUUCAGGAAGCUUGGACGAAGGGUCUUUACGAGAUAAGCAAAAGAAUCAAUCAGACCGCUUUUGCCGAGCAUGUUAAAUAUUUUGCAUCUAUUAUUUGGGAAAAAAUAUUCCUAACGAAUGACAUUUUUAAAGAUUCUCUGAUCAAUUUGUCAACGAAGUUCGUUGACGCUGUUAUAAAGAGUAGUGAAAGCUAUCCGAGAAAGUUUGUAAUCACUUUUAUGACUGAACUAGAAAUCAAGAAAUGGAUGAAGCAUGUCUCCGGUAUAAUAUUUUAUGGAGAAAUAAUUACUGGCAGCCUUUAUGCUUCUAAACUAAAGCAAAAGAGUCAGGCUUGUAAUGAGGUAUUUGACGUCGAUUUAUGUAACGCUGAUUUCGAAGACUAUACACACAAAUGUUUGAAAUGGGCUGCUGCUAGCACAAAGAUUCUUAAUAAUUUACUAGCAAACACGGCAGACCUUCCGGAAAUUUCAGAAAUUUUGAUAAAUUUAUCGUAUGUAGCUACUCUAGGCGAGGUUUACAUCAAGCAUUAUAAUUGUACUAAGAACGCAAACGAGGUCAACAUCCUGCGAAAGAUUCUUCACGAAGAAAUGGAUACGUUGAAGACUUAUUUAUCCGAUGAUAUUCACAACGAAGUCAUCUCUGAUAUAUACCGGUUGCUCUUAUCAUUUGGUGGCAUCUACCCAUAUGUUUUGAAAUUUUACUAUAACUUCUUCGCACCGAGCAACGACCUUUCCGAGUUAUUUGAAGACAAUGCACUGGUUCAAGUUAAGAAAUCUAGCGAUGUCGAAGUCUUCUUGCAAUCGGCGCAGAUGUUGAAGAACUGUGCUAAUCUCGAAAAGAUCUUAGCAUCCAUGGAUGAUGAAUCAGAUUUUUACAAGGUCUUUUCGGCAAGAAGUAAUUUUGAUGAAAAUGGAGAUUCUGCUGCGUUGGAGCAAGCUUUCGAAAGAAUUACGAAGCGUCAGCAAACCGAGCCUUCAACUUUACUCUUAGAUUGUGAUAUUCACGAAGUAUCAUGGGAACAGUUUACCAUGCCACUAGAGGUCAUAUCUUUUUUCACCAAAUGUGUUUCUACUAUUCCUAAGAAACUGACCCUUGCUCAGUGGGAUAUAAUAGAGAUAUGCCUUGCAUCAUGGAAUAUGUCGGUGAAGAAGUCUAUUGAUCAUCACACAGAUUUGAAGGUGAAAGCACUCGUCGUUGGUGUCAACAAGCUUUAUUCGGUCGUUCAACAAAUCAUGAACGAUCACGCCAAAAAUCCGAUGGAGGAAUUACCACCUUCUCUACUAGAUGAAUGGAGGAACGUGUUUGCUGCCGAAAUGCAACUCGGCGCUUUUGAAACGUGGAUGGCCUUUGCAGAGUUGUACAAUGAUAAGGAUAUACCGAUCGUUUCAAUAAUACCGUUAAAUUAUUUGGGAAAAUCUCUGAAAGUUUUUGAUGGGCCAAUCAUCAGCAACAACGUAUCCGAAAAAUCCGAUGAAAAUGAAUACGAAGAUCGAGUCAUGCAAUUAUUAUUGAAAUUGAUUCACUCUCCAGUACUCAGUUUACAAUUAGGUACCUACGUUGCAUUGAACAACAUAACCGAUAUCUUGGUCGAACGCGACAAGGCUAUUAUUGAAGUAGAGAACUUUGACUUGAAAACGCUGAAUAUGUGUAAGUUUGAGCAAGUAUUAAAAACGGCACAAACCAUCGUCAACGUCAUUUUAAUGGAUUUCAAACUAUGCGACACCGUGAGUUGCACGAUUCAACCCUUCACGGAUUCUUACACCUACACCAUUGGCUACUUGUUCACCUGGGGAGUCGUAUUAAACAUGUGUGCGAAAGCGCAUGGAGAUUUACGCUACCAUUAUGCUGAGAUAAUGAAAGAUGAUUUCUUCCCCAGUUUGCUGAACAAUAUUUUCCGCCUAAUGCCGAUCGAAGUACUGCAGGAUAGCAAGAACAAGCAUUCAAAAUUGGUUGAAAUUUUCAGUACCGUACCUUCUUUCCAUUAUACCGAUAGUUGGACGGAGUGGAGACUUGACCAUCUGGUUUGCUGGUUGUAUACGAACUGUCUUCGAUACCUACCUGUUCUUGUGCGGCAGUGGUGGAGUACGGCGGACAGUCGGGUGAGCGCUUCCGUGGACAAAAUCACGACGCUCUACGUCAGCCCAUUCCUGUGCAAUGAAGAACUUAACGAUACUAGAUUGGCGAACGUUGAAAAUAUGCAGGUCAAAGUUCACCCAACAGCUCGUGAAGUUGUAGCAUUGUAUCAGAUGGACGAUACAAAACUCGAACUGAACAUCAUUCUGCCACCCAAUCACCCUCUUGGCACUGUGACCGUUGAGCCUGGGCAGCACGCCGGAGGAACGGCAAACUGGCGAAAUUGCCACAUGCAGCUAUCUAUUUUCCUCACUCACCAGAACGGUUCGAUUUGGGAUGGUCUCAUGCUAUGGAAGGCAAGUCUCGAUAAAAGAUUUGCUGGCGUGGAGGAGUGUUACAUCUGCUUCAGCAUAUUCCACAUCAGUACCUACCAAAUACCGAAACUCUCAUGCCAGACUUGCCGCAAAAAGUUUCACACCCCCUGCCUGUACAAGUGGUUCAACACGAGCCAUAAGUCAACCUGUCCUAUAUGUAGAAACGUAUUUUAGACCGAGUCUGAAAAUCUGUUUGAGCACUUUAAAAGAGCAUGUAACGCGAAUUCAUUACUUUUUAACAAGGUUUUUUUAGAUGAAAGUAUUAUAUGUACAAAAUCGCUAUGAUCAAUAAUUGUUUUUAUAAUCAAUCCAUAAUCUUUAGAUUUUCCGCUUAUACAAAUCUGUCGUUAGAAUAGAAAUAGUUUUAAUAAUUUUUGACAUUAUUAUUAGUUCUUUAUGAAAAUAUAUUACCUCCCAAACCUGACAA